AAAUGGAAUGCGAGAGCCAGAUCUCAGAAUCUCCUCUGGAAUGGCCUGAAGAGCUGAAUUGCGAUACGUUACCCUCAUACAAUCCCGAGAGAAAAACACCGAAAUGUAUUCAUUAUGAGCCACCAAAACCAGCAUUUUGUAGACUACACAAAGAGAUAGGACCAUGUAGCACGUAUCAUCCUUUCUGGUACUUCGACCGAGUGGCAAAAACCUGCCAGACUUUCACUUAUGGCGGGUGCCUUGGCAACAAGAAUCGAUUCGAAACCAAGGAGGCUUGUAUCCGUACCUGUGGGCAAGAAAGCACCAUAGCACCUGGUAUGUUAAGCACCACCCUAGAUAUCACCUCCAACGAGGCGACCACUCCCCCGCCCCUCCCUCGAGUCCUGGAGCGUCCCAUGGACCAGACUGUCUUCGAAGGGGAGACCGUCACCCUGAACUGCUUUGCAUCGGGCGCACUGGAGUAUGCGUGGAGGAGGAUAGCAGGGCCAAUGCCGGAACAUAAAAUCCUUGCCGAAGAAUAUAGCAGAGAGGGCGCUAUACUGAUAAUAGCAGACAUGAUGCCAGAGGAUGCGGGAUUAUACAUGUGUAUCGCCGAGAACCAGGCGGGGGUAGAGGAGAGCGUUGCUUCGAUUACAGUUCUAGUCCCUCCAAGGAUCGUGAAGUUUCCGGAGAGCGCCCUCAUCAUUCAAGGAGAGACAUUAGAGCUGAAAUGUGAAUUUUCAGGGGUUCCCCCUCCCAAGGUUUACUGGGAGAGGGAGGAUGGUCAAUUCGUUUCACAAAGGGUAAACGGUACUGAAUCCACCGUCAUCAUCAGCGAGAUCAAUGACAUCCAAAGCGGUAUGAGAUUCACCUGCGUCGGGCGGAACGAAGCCGGGCUCGACAAGCGGUUCAUUGACGUCGAAGUGAGAGUUCCACCGUAUUUCACCGCGUUCGCACGCAACCGAACGCUGAACGAAGGCGAAACGGCAGACUUCCUGUGCCAAGCAGAAGGUACACGGCCAUUGACGAUAUCGUGGUACAAGGAUGGCAGUCCGCUUGUUCCAGACGGUUCCCGAACAAUGUUCUUCGAGAACGGGACGGGUUUUCAUAUCACGUCGACCACGCCCAGCGACACUGGACGGUACACCUGCUCGGCGUCCAACUCUGUGGGUCAGAUCGUGGAUGAUGUAUACUUCCAAGUUAUUGCCGCAGCAGCGUUGCCACGAAUCGUCGAGCGCCCGUCCAAUGCAACCGUCUACAUCGGACAAUCGACCCGGUUCCAAUGCCAAGGUGCCGGUGAUCCGGCUCCGACGGUUAGCUGGCUUGUUGACGGUUUCACGAUCGGUGUCCCGCCCCUUGACCGUGACAUGCGUUAUACGUUCAACGGAACCGACUUGGUGAUCACGCACGUGAAUGUCCGUGACGCUGGGAAGUACACGUGUCUUGUCUCAUCACCUCACGGCAUUGAACGAGCCAGUGCGCACCUGUUUAUUAGAGAACCAACACUCGAAAUGGAAACCGCCAUCAGCGACACCAACGUCAUCAUCGGCGACGAUCUCGUCCUGACCUGCGAGGCCCACGGCGAACCUGAGCCUAGCCUGACCUGGUACCGUAACGGCCUUCCUAUCAACGACACCCUUCAGAGUUUCUCCAUCAAGGAAAACUCCAUCAUCAUCCCCAUCCUCACCACCAAAAUGGGCGGUUCCUACAAGUGUAUCUAUGACAACGGGGUCCUGACGGCGUCAUCGUCGGCGAUGGUGGAGAUCCUAGAGCCCACUGCUCACACUCCUGCCACAUCAAUGCCGCCCCCUAUGUCCAACUCAACAACAGUCACCCCACCGCCAUCACGCACAAAUGGUAUUUCGGAUCCUGAUUUGUCAGAUCUUGGAACUGCCCCGUCACCUCUUAUGGAGCUUAAACUACGUCGUUAUGACGUCACAGAUACGGGAAUACCCGACCUGUUCCGUGGAUGGGCCGAUGUCCAGGGGCAGGGCGCCGCCAACGAUUAUUGCAGAGUGAUCGAGCCCGAGGAGGGUCAAUACCAGCUCUCCUGUGUCCUGGCCGGAAGUGAAGGAGAGGUCAAAGGUAACUACACGACCCGCUUAGGUUUCGAUGUUGGAGAAAGAAAUACGUGGUAUAUGAAGGAUGAAGAUGGCGAUGGACGAGACGAUUACUGCAGAUGCAUGAGAGAAGCGGGUCAAGGAAGAUGGGUCUAUUGCACCAAAGCGGGGACGAAUGGUUUCUAUGGCAACCCUGACGCCGAGGAGUUUGAAACCAACGAGGUAACAUUCCGAGCCCCUGGACCGGAGGACGAGUUGAGGAAAUGCAGAAAGAGAAGAGUGGAUCCAUUCUUUGGCCUACCGGAGACGGUGGAAUAAAAGGGAAUUGCCCCUCUGGAAUCCAGAGGAAUAGACUCUUACACUAAGGUGUGUCCACUUAUUACCUGUCUUCUACCAGGAUGUGAGCACCUAUUACCCAUUUUCUACCAGAAUGUGUCCAGCUCUUACCCCUCUUAUACCGGAAUGUAUCCACCUAUUUUCCGUCUUGUACCAAGAUGUGAGUGCAUGUACCUCUCUUCUACCAGGGUGUGUCCCCUAUUACCCCCUCCUUUUCCAGGAGGUCAGCACCUGUUACCUCCUAUCAGGGUUUGUUCACCCAUUAUCCAUGGUUCACCUAUUACCCCUCUUUUACCAGGAUGAUCAUCAGUUACCCUCCUUUCUACCACGAUUUUAGUGCCUGUCAUUCCUCUUUUACCAGGUAUACGUCCAUCUAUUAUACCCGUCCUCUCCUACGCUAUGGUCACGUGUUACCCCUCUUCCUCCUGUUCUGGUAGAGUAGGAACGUUUUGCUGGUACUCCUGAUAGUCAAAGACUCUGUCUGUAAACUGACUAAAAGACUGAUCUUGUGACUCUUAUACCCCGCAUGCAGUAAGUGAUAUGUGAUCUUUCUGAAUUUGGACAAGAGGCCUACCAGUUUCCUUCAUCUCAUUUACACCUGUGGUAUGUUUUUUUCAUAAAAGACACCGUUGGGUGAGAGAAAUAUCAGCCAAAAUGGCUAUUAUAACAGAGGUGAGGCCUAUUCUCAUUUGCCUUUUGAAAAUAACAUGUUUCUAGAUACGAAAUAUUUAGACUUUUCAGAGUCGCUGACGAUCCUAGCACCUGAUAAGAGUUGUGAACUGUAUAAACGACUCUCUUUUUUGUCAUUUUGAGACAAGACUUGAGUAUUAAUGUAGUAACUGGAUUACAAGCAUGGGCAUGAUGAAGGGCGCUUCCAUGCUAGAACGAUAGGCCACUUUCACAACAUGUUUCAACCUGCUGUCCAAACGAAGAACUUAAACUUCAAUUUGCUUUGUGGUAAUAUUAAACGACUACUUGGUA